CUUUAGUCGAAGUCACGUUUGACAUGAUUUGUCGGUGGCUGCGCGGUGAACUUCAUCCCGACCGGAGUACAACAUGCAGCCACUUGUCUCUUGACUGCUGUCGCCAUACAGGGUGCUGUGUCUCCUCAGGGUGCAAGGGACGAUGGUGAAGUAUUUCUGCUGCGCAGGUUUGCUCAAAAGCACCUGGGACCAAGUUUGUAUCGCUUUCUGGCAACGAUAUCCCAACCCUUACAGUAACCAUGUUUUGACUGAAGACAUCAUUUUCCGAGAGGUUACACCAACCAACUGCCUCAAAUCCAGAAGACUGUUGACCAAAACGAGCCGAGGGCCUCGCUGGAUGGAGCGGUACCUUCCAAAGCACAUGGCCAGCUCGGCAUACAUCAUUGAGGACUCUAUUGUGGACCCUCAGAAAAGGACCAUGACCACGCUCACAUGGAACAUCAGCCACGCUCGCCUCAUGUCCGUGGAAGAGCGGUGUGAGUACCAAAUAAACCGUGACAAUGGCAGCUGGACAGAGAUCAAAAGAGAAGCUUGGAUCUCUACCAACAUCUAUGGGCUCUCGAGAGCUGUUCAGGAAUUUGGUCUUGCAAGGUUCAAGACCAGUGUUACAAAGACCAUGAAAGGCUUUGAAUAUGUGCUGUCCAAAAUGCAAGGUGAAACUCCAUCAAGAACCUUAACUGAAACUGCUACGGAGCGAGCCAGAGGGACAGCGCUGGCAGCUAAGGAGAAAGCCAAAGACCUCGCUUCACAGGCCCAGAAGAAACAAUAUGUGUGAUGAGCUGUGUGGAUCAUCGGUUCUUUAGCCACUGAAAAUGGGGCCGAUUGGUCUUUACUCCCAGCCCUGGUGGUUAAGACAAACGGAUCCCGUCGGGAGUAGACUCCUCUAUGAGGAAGCCACGUACUGAAAUGGUGGUUGGACCAUAAAAGGCCUGAGCUGGGUUCAUGAAGCUGUUUCAGCCUUCUGGAAUAUAUUCUACCUUCAUUAGGGUUGUAAUAGUUAUGAAGAUUUGACGUACCGUGUACAUUUGCUUAUUUACGGUAUUAAAAAAUAACUGGCAUAAUUGAGACUGAGUUAAAGGUAGUCAGGAGCAGUUGUGUACCUACAAUUUGUUUAUUGUUAAUAAUCAUAGGAUAUUAUUUUAAAAGCUCCCAGAUUAUAUUAUUUUUCAUCUUGUAGUUGGCAUUUAACAUUCUACAGUGCGAACAUGUAACUAACAAGCUAUUAUUAUAAGGUUUAUGAUUUUGUUUAUCAUCUCUUAGAGAGAGAGAUAGAGACAGAGUUAUAUUAUUUUAUCUUCUUCCUUUAAGGUUUACCGUAACUGAUAACAACAAUAAUUGUGAAAUACCGUGAUAUUUUCUAAAAUUGUUUUUGUACCGGGGAAAUCUUAUACCAAUACAACCCUACGUUUGAUACCAGAUCAUCUCAGUAUGAACCAUACAUCUUAAAGAAAUGGUUGACUAUGGCUCCGGAUGCCAUAAAGUAAUAAUAGCACUUAGCCAACCUUCUUACUGUUCCACAGACCUUUGCUCAAUCUUUGUGCCCAUAAACAACGUUUACUUUUUACUGUUCCUUUAAAGUAUGUCAUGCUAUUUUAUAAUGGUUUUCUAUUAUCAACAGCUUUUUCUUUCGAGGCUAAGAUUAGCAUACUAUGGAAUAUCUGAUUAAUGCAAAUGUGUGUGUUUGAUUUAAGUUAAAGUUGUGUUUUGUCUCAAUCAUGUUGUCCUUUAGUUCAGUUCACCCGACCACACCUUAAUCCUCCAACCCAGACUGAUUCCUUCAAGUUGAAGUGCAUUGCCUGAGGAAGUCCGUACUGUUGGCAGCUUGAUAUUACAAUCGGCUUGCAAUGGACUUCAGUGUCUUUGCCUGAAUUUUAAAUGUGUGUACAGAGGCUAAAAUGAUAACUUGUAUUGUACAUUCAGCUUAGGCCUGAUGACACAACCGUGCAACAAUGUUCUCAUACUGCAUUGAUUAAAUAUCUUGUCAAUAAAUGGACUUUUCAUUUGUACCAAU